CACUCUGUGGGGGACCUGACAUUAUCUUCUUGAUCCAGGGACCCCCUCUGAAAGAGCCUCCAAAAGACUAAAUCCAUAAAACAGACAAAUCGGUGAUGAUGUCUUAGCAUCCGCUGCCUUCAUCUUCACAGCGUCUUAAGCCCCAGAACCCCUGGCAUGGUAAUUGGGACUGAAAACGUAUGAUGGAUGCGUCCAAACAAAGGCCCCGGUGCUUACUUCAUAUUUCUGCUCUGCUCCCAUCAUCAUGUCAAUGCUUGAUGGCCCCAACGAAAGUGGGCAAAAGAUCUCACCGACCUCUUCACUCCUGCGCGUCCACAUCCAUCUCAUCAACCCCCUCUGGGCCAGUGCCAGCCGUCUUGUUGAGCUCCGAGGCCUUGGGAGUCGGCUCACUAUUUUCCGAAUCGGAACCGUCGCCAUCCUCCUUGGGGUGAACGGUCUUGCGACGCAUAAUUUCCCUUUCACGGGCAAUAUCAUGUCCAGACAUUGUCGUGGUGUUUUCCAUCUCGUCGCGCGACCGCUUUCCCCCGCUUCCCGGCCGAGGCGGUCCCGAGACGGCGCGGCGGUCGUCGUCGUCGUCGUCGUCGUCGUAGCUCAUCAUCAUCGGCUUGUCGAGGCUUGUGGUGCUGCUGCUGCCACCACCACCACCAUCACGACCCUCGACGGUGUCGUUGCCUCUGGCGUAGCUUCCAGUAAAAGUCGGCAUCGGUCGCGGUCCGUGCGGUCGCUCCACGGGACGCUGCAGGCGGAGGAGAGGGUCCAGCUUUGGGUUGAGAUGCGCAAGGCCCUUCGGGAUCUGGGGGAUCGACGGCGUCGGCGAGUUGGGAUCGGGCCAGACGAACCGCGACGUAUCGGCUGUGUCAGGGCCUGCGCGUGCCGCAUUUUCGUCACCGUCCUCGUCCUCCUCCUCGUCCUUGUCGUCCAGGUGCUGCGGACUCAUGACAAACUGACCCCAUUCAGCGGCUAUAUGGUAUGCGGGGUUAUCCUUCGCUUCGACGAUGACGGGCUUGAACGGCCCGUGGGGACCGCUUCCUCGAGGAAUCCGGCGGUGGGAUACGGUUCUCCUCUCGACGGUUGCGGAUGCCUCUGGUGCCUUGGCCUGAGCAGAUUGAACCUGGACGCCGUGGCCGUGGCCGUGGCCACGAGAUGGGGUAGUAAAAGCUUGAGAGCCAAACGUGCGGGAGAUGGCAGCCUGGACUUCUGGAGACUGGAUAACAAAGGGCCGGGUGUCAGGGGAGGACUUUACUUCGGGUGCUUUGUCCCAGCUCUCAUCUCUGGCCUUGUUUUGGUUCUGGCGCUGGCGAGCAGCAUCUGGGAACAAAACACGGCUCACCCUUUUCUUGCUUGAAAAGCUCCUUUCUUCAUCAGAAUCCAUCAUGCGAAGUAAUUCAAAGAUGAAAGAAAUCUGGUGCUGGGUCUGGGAUGCUGUAGCAAAGGGUCUGGUUGGUGAGAAAAACAAGGCGAGUCUCAAUGAAAGGGUUCAGCGAGACAAGACUGUGAUGCCCUGGGAAGGUGAAGUUGAAAAAGUUAUGGAAACAAGGAGAAGGGGGGAAAGAGCUUCCUUUUACCCAAGGUAAGCUUUGAUAUAUUUAACCCCGUGGUGCAAGAGUCUCGGCGUGGGAGGCAGUUGAAGGGUUCAUUUGCCCUGUUCCUGAACAUACCUUAAGUUGGUGAUGCCCGGCCCUCGCCGAGUCGCCAUAGCUCUCUUACCUAUCUGGAAAGCCGGAGGGUGGAAGUGUUUUAUGGCAUAUUUUCUCACAAGCUAACCAGGCAUCCAUUCUCAGCACACAUGGGUUUAUUGAAAAUUCUUUGCA